CAAGAUUUCCGGUAAAAUGGAGGCUAGCUGUAAACAACACGUUGUUAAUAUUCUCUACUAAACUCAACAAACAAAAACAUAAAUCAGAUGAAAUAUUUGAAUCAGACAUCCAAAAGAACGAUCGUCUCACCAGCCUGACGGGCAUAAUCAUCUCGAUUCUACACCUGAGGAAGAAAACUGUUGAAGAAAUGUGAUAAAAUGUCGGAGCCAGAUGACGAAAAUGAUGCAAAAAAUAAAACAUACAAUUGUCCGUUAUGUGGAAUCGGGUUUCCAGUUCUUGAGAAAUUAGAUUCACAUUUACGACGUCACACUGGUGAAAAAUCUAACGAAUGUUUGAAGUGCGGUAAAUUCUUCUAUACGAAAAAACUUCUAUCUAAACAUAUUCAAGUUCACAUGACUGAAAACCAAAAUAUUUGUCAUCAAUGUGGAGAGAGUUUUACGUCACUUAAAUCACUUCAACAACAUCUGAUCAGCCACACAGCUGCUCCAUUCUCCUGUGACCUGUGUGACAAGGUGUAUACACAGAACUGGUCGUUAAAACGUCACAGAUUGUCUCAUUUUGAAGAGAAGCCAUUUAAAUGUGACGUUUGUCCCGUUACUUGUGAUACGAGCAGCCAUUUAAAACAACACAGCAGAAUUCAUACUGGUAUUCGACCCUAUGCCUGCAAAGUCUGUGAUAAAGCCUUCACACAAAGAUCAAGUCUAUCCAAACAUAAUCGAACGCACAGUGGCGACAGACCGUACAUCUGUCCAGAUUGUGGGAAAUCGUACACGGAGAGCGGCCAUCUUAAAAUACACAUGCGUAAGCAUACGGGGGAAAGGCCAUUUAAAUGUUCAGAUUGUGAUCGUUGUUUUUACGAAAACGGGAAUCUACGUCAACAUAUGAGAAUUCAUUCGGGGGAGAAACCAAGUCGCUGUUUAACUUGUGGUAAGACUUUCCGUCAUAAUGGGGACUUGAAGGAACAUUCGUUGGUUCAUACGACAGAGCGGCCAUUUACAUGCGAAAUCUGUGAUAAAAGUUUUAAAGCCUGGCGUAAUUUACGGAGACAUAAAAUGACACAACAUGCAGACGGACAAGACAGAAUUCAAAAUGGAGAAGUUAGAGGAGUGGAAAAAAGGAGAAAAAAUAAGAAACUGUUUAAGAGAAGAACAGAGAAAAUAGCUGACAGUCGAACAGUUGAUAUUACAACACCGAGAAAUUAUCCUGCCAUAGAGAUGCAUCAGAAAGUUGUGAAUGUGGAAAACUCUGAAGGCGGCGUUGUUUUAGUUACACAAACACCCCAUUACAACGAACAAACACCAUCACAAAAACCACAUGUAUCUUUUCCAACUUCAGUCCCGACUAACAAUGUAAAUUUUCAGGUAUCAAAUAUAAACGGUGUACCUCAAUAUCCACAACAACAAUCUAAUAUAGUUUAUAAUGAACAGUUUCAGUUCAUUAACAUCGGAAAUCAGAUUGCUGAUCAACAUUUUACAGCUCCGAAUACACUCCAACUAGCUCCAAAUUUAUCCGACAAGCCAGCCAGCAAAAAUUACUCGAACGCUAACAAUUAUUUCCAUCAACAGAUUGCGCCAAGUCACAUGAAUCUUUCUUCUAGAGAAGACAAUCAAACUAUUUAUUCCAACCAGAUUCAGAAUUCUGUAAAUUUUGAACAGAGAAGUCAUCAGAACCAACAAACCACAGAUCAUCGGUUUGAGUUGAAUGGAAUAUCUGAAUGUCCCCAGCAAGGUAAUCAGUUUGAUUAUGUCUGGAACCCUAACUACUCCAUCCAACCUACAAAUACCACUAUGGCUGCUUCUCUGGUUUCCCAGAUCAUGGAACCCAGUGGAUUAUCUGUAAACAUACCAACCUCAUACAAUAUAACUUACCAAUCAUCUACAGUUGGUUAUCAGAAUGACUUCAUCAACUAUUCAGAUGGAUCAAAUGUUACCCAACAGGUUGUUUGUCAACAAACUCAACAUCCAACAACAGAUGCUUCAAAUAGCAUGCAGCACCUCACAACCCCUCCAACCACCAUUCAUAAUCCACCAGAACUUGCCAACCAUAAUCCACCACCAGAAAUCGGCUCUUCGGUGACUCUCGGACCAACAGUACAGAUGGUCUCAACGGAGGAAACAUCUGAAGAUGUAGAAACAUUUUCACAACCAGAUACAGAUCAUCUUCUAAAUGAUAUGGCAGAUGUGGACAUUUCUUCAAUAACAGUAGAACCAACAGAGUGUUCAGACAUCAAGAAGAACGGGGUAAAGAUUUUUAUCUUAGGAUCGAAUUUAAAGUGUUCUGCUUGUGGAGAAUGUUUCACCGAAGAGAAAACAACUCAGUUUCUAGAACAUGUGAAAUCUCACAGCAUGGAGGAAUCUAAGGAAGAUGUGAAUCCUGCUCCACCAGAAGAAUCCCCACCAGUAAAAGACCAAGACCUUUCCAUUGACCAAAACCAUGAUCAACAAAUUCCAGUUCAGAUCAAAAUAUCAGAAAAUUCUUUUUACUGUUCUAAAUGUCAGAAGCAAUUUAAUAAAGCGCUGGAUUUUGUUUCGCACAUGAGAGUCCACAAUGAGGAAAAAAAUCAACAAGUUCAGAAACUGGUGUCCGUGGACGGUACUGAAGUAGCCAUCAACUCAGGUUUCAAUCCUUAUUUUUGUGUCAUUUGCAGCAAAAACUUUACGAGUCAUAAAUAUUUCAAUUGUCAUAUUAGAUCUCAUGAUAAAGUCGAGACGUGUUACUGUUCCGAAUGUGGUACAAAAUUUGCUAAAAGAUCGUAUCUCCUGCGACACAUCAAAGUACAUUUAUCUGAUAAAAGUCGAAUUUACAAAUGUCCUGAAGCAGAUUGUGAUAAAAGUUUUUAUUCUGCUCAGAUUUUAAAAACUCAUGCCAAAGUUCACGCUGGCGACGCCUCUAAACACCACGAGUGUGAUAUUUGUGAACGAAGAUUUCGUAUCCAUGGUGAUUUGGUUCGUCACAUGAGAACCCAUACCGGUGAGAAACCGUUCGCGUGUAAGGAUUGUGGGAAAUGUUUCAGUAUUAACGCAAGUUUAAAACGUCACCACAAUACCCACACGGGUCUUCAACCUCACUGCUGUGAUGUGUGUGGUAAAACGUUUACACAGAAAGGAAACAUGAUUCAACAUAUUAAAAUACAUUCGAAAAAACACAGGAAGAAAACCUAGUGCCUACAUAAAGUUUCAUUCUGAACCAUAAUUCUUAAUUAAAGAUCCGUUAAACAUGCAUUACAUGUAUGUAAUAGCUAAAUCUGCCUAUUGCAGGACGCAGGUCUUUAUCGAGGCCUGAAAUGUUACAUAAACUAUUAAUUAGACAUUUAUUAACAAAACAAGACCAUAAUCAACUCUCAAUGGCAUCGGAUACUCAAGAUUUUAACUACAUUAGAAUGGUUCGCCAUUUAAAAAUUUAAUUUAAAAAUGGGAAAGCAAGGCUCAGUCUCGAAUAUACCAGUGCCCUGGUUACCACAAUGCACACAUCUUGCCAAAACUACAAACAGUGAUAACGUGGCUCAGAAUGAAGUAAUUUGAAUGAAAUUUUCAAUAUUUUCAUUUUACAUUAUCUGAUUUUGAGCUAUUAUAGCAAGAAUGGUCAGCUCUUUAUCUAAAUCUUACAUAAUGUAUCUUUAAGUAAGAGACAGAGCGAGAGCUGGCCAUUCUUGCUAUAAUAGUUCAAAAAUAGAUAAUAAAAAUGUCUGGCGCAGAAAUUGUCCUCUCAGUCACUAUGCAUAUUUGAUCAGGAAAUUUAAAUUUUUUUACGUUAAUUGAAUUUAUAAAAAGAAUUAUGCAAUCCAACUUAUAGUCUUUCUCUUAGUUACAAGCAGGUUUUAAUUCUUAAAUCAAGAUUCAUGUUUUCAGAUUUGAAUUAUCAAACUUUAACAUAUAUAAAUAACGUAUGGCUGGGUAUUUUUUGUACGCACUCAUUCUCUUGUGGACGUAUUAUGUCGACACCCUUGUCCGUCUGUCUGUGUGUCCGUCUGUUCACAUUUGUUGGUGGACAUCUACAGGUCACACUUUUUAUCCGAUUUGGACAAACCUUGAAAUAUAGGUUUAUAUCCCAAGAUCUUGGUUGCUUGGUUACUCGGGUUAUGGCCCCUGAUUGUACGAAAAAUCAUUUUUUUUAGCUUGUGGACACUCAAGACGUCACAAUGAAAUUUAAAAUGUAUGUUUAUAUCCCAAAGGUCUCGUUUCCCUUCUAUAUUGGCACAUAUCUAACUGUAACUUCUUUGAUUAUGGCCCCAGAUUGUAUGAAAUAUCACUAAUUUAGCUUGUGGACCCUCUAGAGUUCACAAUUUUUUUUUGAUUUUAAAAAACGUUCAAAUAUAUUACUGUUACACCAUAAUGAUGGUCAAGUUUGAAUUUUUUGAAAAUUGGGCGCUCCCCUUUAUGCAAAUAGUAUAAUAAGCAUGUGUGGACCCUCUAGAGGUCUCAAUUUUUAUCCGAUUUUGAUGAAACUUAAAAUAUAUGUUUGUAUCCCUGAUUAUUCGAAAAAUCACUUUUUUAGCUUGUUCUCUGUCCUCUUGCAAAAUCUGGGCGUAUCUUGCAUGGCAACCACUUGUUUAAAUUUGAAAAACCAUUCUGACCUGAUUACACAUUGUGUUCCAGUAAAAGAAUCUAAAUUUGUGCUGACAUAUUUUCUCUUGUUGUUGGUGAAAUCAAAAACAAACAAAUAAAAUAUUGCUUUCUCUUAUUUUACACUCAUACUUUGAAUUAAUCAAGUACUAAUGACUAAAAAUAAAUUCAAUAUUAAUUUAAUUUAUAGUAAAAAAAAUAUGUUUUUGUUGAGAAAUGUAUUUUAUUCUGAGUAGUUCUGACCCAUGUCUGUUAAUUGAAUUAAUCAAAUGCUAAUGACUAAAAAUAAAUUCAUUAUUAAUUUAAUUUAUAGUAAAAAAAAUAUGUUUUUGUUGAAAAAAAUAUUUUAUUCUGAGUAGUUCUGACCCAUGUCUGUUAAUUGAAUUAAUCAAAUGCUAAUGACUAAAAAUAAAUUUAAUAUUAAUUUAAUUUAUAGUAAAAAAUAUAUAUAUUUUUGUUGAGAAAUGUAUUUUAUUCUGAGUAGUUCUGACCCAUGACAUGUUUAUUUAAUUAAUCAAGGCUAAUGACUAAAAAUAAAUUCAAUAUUAAUUUAAUUUAUGGUAAAAAAAUAUAUAUUUUUGUUGAGAAAUGUAUUUUGUUCUGAGUUCUAACCCAUGUUUAUUUAUUAAAAUUAGGACAGGCCAACAGGGGAAAAAUUUGGGAAGCCAUGCAAUCUACUGUACCAUUUUAAACAAAUGUUUUACGAAAAUGAGUUUGCAUUUGACCACGAUUCAUGACAUAUUCACACAGUUAUUGCACCUAAAAAAAACUUGAUCAUCAUGUUUGUCCAUUUAAGUCAGGGUUCCAUUCUCAGGUUUCAAUUGUCCUGGGGCAGCGGUGAAAGAUCCCAGGGGCGGAUCCAGGAAUUUUCGCAGGAAUAAGGUGUUUGCCAGGUUCCUGUUAAGGAAAUUUGACAGUUGACAAUGCAUGAUGCCAUCAUCGUCUCUAAAUUACAUAGUAGGCAUACAUUGUCAUACAUACACACUGAGCUUUUUAAGGAGACAAAUCCAACAUCCUGUUUGAUAUCAGUAUUUAUAGUGAAUUAAUAGGAUCACAUUGUGAUUCAAUUUCAUUGAUGCAAAGCAUUAAUUGUGAUAUCACCCAUUUCUAUAUCAUUAUUUCGCGCUUUGAAUGCCAAUCCCAUCCCACCAUCUGAUAAUAAAGAAUUUCAAACGAUUAUAAUAAGUGAUAUGAUAUAAAGACACCAGAGUAAACGGGUAUACGGCGAUGAUGUGGAUGAUAUCAGAGCCGUUAUUCUUUGAAUGGCAUUUAGUAAUUGGAACAUAAUCAAC